CAUGUACUGUGCUGUCUAGAGCUUCUUUCCCCCCACCCUAUUUUUUGGUGCUUUAUUGCUGUUAUUGUUAUUAUCUUAAUUUUUCUUCUUCAUGAUGUGCUGUUAGAAACCACUCCGGGACUACUCCAGCAGUAGGAAGACCGAGGAGUGGAGUGGAUGAAUAUACCGAUGAGAGAUCCAGUAAUCCCUGGGACAAGCAUGGCUUAUCAUCCUUUUUUACCUCACCGGGCACCGGACUUUGCCAUGAGCGCUGUGUUGGGACAUCAGCCUCCCUUCUUCCCGGCGCUGGCUUUGCCUCCCAAUGGGGCGGCCGCCCUUUCCCUUCCCGGGGCUCUGGCUAAACCCAUCAUGGAUCAGUUAGUAGGGGCUGCAGAGACUGGUAUUCCCUUUUCUUCCCUGGGUCACCAGGCAGCAGCCCAUCUGAGGCCUUUAAAAACUCUGGAGCCAGAAGAAGAGGUGGAAGAUGACCCGAAAGUGCAUCUGGAAGCCAAAGAGCUUUGGGAACAAUUCCAUAAAAGAGGCACGGAGAUGGUGAUUACCAAAUCGGGAAGGAGAAUGUUUCCUCCAUUUAAAGUGAGAUGCACUGGACUGGAUAAAAAGGCCAAGUACAUUUUAUUGAUGGAUAUUGUGGCGGCUGAUGAUUGUAGGUACAAAUUCCAUAAUUCCCGGUGGAUGGUAGCCGGCAAAGCUGACCCUGAAAUGCCAAAGAGAAUGUACAUCCACCCGGACAGCCCGGCCACCGGCGAACAAUGGAUGUCCAAAGUCGUCACCUUUCACAAGCUGAAGCUCACUAACAACAUCUCUGACAAGCACGGAUUCACCAUUUUAAACUCCAUGCACAAGUACCAGCCCCGGUUCCACAUCGUCCGAGCCAACGAUAUUCUCAAGCUUCCCUACAGCACGUUCAGGACCUACGUUUUCCCG